AUGCGUGUUCGUUGUUUGCGAGUAUGGUUUAAGCACAUGCUAAAGCAGCCCGAAAUGUGCCAAACUAUGGAGAUUUUUGCGGACAGAGUUGAGAUUGCCGAAAGUCGGACGUGCGCUCGAACUCGCCGGGCGCUGCUACUCAAGGUCGUCGGGGAGUUGGCUUCAACCCGCGACAAAGGUCCCCUCUCAGAUCGAACAGAAGUCAGCAGCUCGUUUCCUUGGUCGCCGGAGAUGAUGGCCGCUGAGCGACGCGGAGGAGCAGCACGGGUCAUCUGCGCGUGGAAGAGAUCGACGACAAUCGGGAAGGCGGGCCUGCUCGCAGUGAUGGUGAUGGCGACGGAACUGGUUCACGACAAGGACGGGCUCACGACGUUGCUAGAGGAUGGCGAUGGCGGCGAUCGAAAAAGAUGA